AUGCUUCGAUUUGUUGGUUGGCCAUUGGCCUUGUUGGCCGCGACAACGCUGGCCGUCUCUUCCAAUGACUUGGGUGCUGUCCUCCAAAGACAGCAAAACCUCACGAUAUUCUACGACCUGAUCAAAAAUAACUCGGAUGUGCUCUUGCAACUCCCCAGCUCCAACGGCGUCACCAUUUGCGCGCCGUCGGACAAGGCCUUUCAAAACAUCCCCUACACGUCGCUCAACGGCGUCUGGGACCCCGACGACAAGGCCAAGACGACGGCCUUUUUGCAGUACCACGUCAUCCGGGGCAGCAUCACCAUCGGGGAGCUCGAGACGGGGCCGACCUACCUCGAGCCGACGCUCCUGACGGCGCCCGCCUACGCCAACGUCACCGGCGGCCAGCACGUGCUGCUCACGCGGCAGCCCGGCGACGCCGCCGUGCUGACCAGCAGCCUCGGCACCCGCUGCACCGUCGUCGCCCGCGACAUUGCCUUUGAGGGCGGCCGCAUCCAGGUCAUCGACAACCUGCUGAUCCCGCCCGCCCCGCUGCGCGCCACCGCCGAGGCCUUCCAGGCCCAGGCCUUUGUCGCCGCCCUCUACGCCGCCCGCCUCAUGCCCGCCGUCGACGAGCGGCCCAACGUCACCGUGUUUGCGCCGCGCGACGCCGCCAUGGCCCUCGUCGGCGGGUCGCUGCAGAAAUUGGCCGCCGCCGGUGGUGAUGGUGGCGUGGCCGCGCUCGCCCGCGUCAUGGGCUACCACGUCGUGCCCGGCCGCAUCCUCUCCUCGGCCGACCUGACCAACGGCAGCGUGCUGCUGACGACCGCGAGUCCUUCAGGCGGUGAGACGGCUGCCAACAGCAGCAGCAGCCCGGGCCUGACGGUGCGCCAGGCCGGCAACAGCAAGUACGUCAACGCGGCGCAGAUUGUGCAGCCCGACAUCCUCAUCGCCAACGGCAUCAUGCACCUCAUCGCCGACGUCCUCAACCCCGACGCCCCGGCCGCCGCGCCCGACCCCAGCCUCGCCACCCAGGCGCCCGCCUUCCCCGUCAGUGUCGUCAGCAACCCCUUUGCGUCGGCGCUGCCCUGCACCACCGACUGCCCGACCAGCACGAGCAGCGCUGCCGCGUCCCCCACCACGACCACCACGUCCGCCGCCGGCAAGUCCACGUCGAGCAAGAACGCCGGCAUCCCGGCGCCGACUGCCCGCGCGGCCGUGGCGGCCCUGGGUGUCCUCGGUGCUGGCUUGUUGCUGUAG